CUUUGUCUCCGAUAACUCGUCGUUUUUUCAUCUCCGUCUAAAUAUAAUCUAUUCCAUCGGCUUCCAUGUUCCCUCCUGGGCACAUAACCUGUUGGUGCUGACAUCUUCACGACAUAUAAUACCGGUUUACUUAACGGAGGAAUAAACACACAUGUUCAUCAUUGGUGUUUUAACCAGAACGGGGAAAAAUGCACUUUAUUUAUUUUCGCACAUGCGCAGUCAUACAUCUCUCAUAGGGCAUGACUGUACCAGUGUAAGAACACAACUCAACAACAUAUUAGUCCACAUGCCAACAGAACCAAUAAAAGCAGUGGAGUUGAACUAUGCAGAACUGACUGAAACUCUUUCAAGGCAUUUCAAGCCUAAGCAAAUUCUCAUUGCAGAACGUUUCAGAUUUUACCAAUGUCACCAGAGUCAAGGGGAAACCGUGGCUGACUACAUCCUUGCUUUGAAAAGGCUGGCAAGUACAUGUGAGUUUGCACGAUGUCUUGAUGAUGCUCUUUGAGACAAGUUUGUAUGUGGUCUCACAGGUGAAGCAUAUCACAGAAGGCUUCUGUCAGAGGACCUGACCUUUAAGAAAGCCUGGGAUAUCGCACUUGGACUCGAGCUUGCCCACAGGAAUACUAUUGAGCUGUCGGGACAUGCAGAACGUCAGAAAGGUGUUCACAAGGUCAGUGAUGCACGUGAUGAAAAAGGCUCACAAAAGUCACACUUUUCUCAGUCCCUUCCUCAAGGUUACACAAGAACAAAGCAGCCCACAUCACAAAGGUCUAAGCCAAGUUGCUACAGACGUGGGGGAGAUAAUUAUCAGCCCAGUGAAUGUCGAUUCCAAAAUGAAAAGUGCCACAAUUGUGGAAAGGUUGGACAUUUACAGAGAGUGUGUAAAGCUCCAAAACGCACAGCAAGAGUGCACAAAGUGUCAGACGCAGCACAAGAAGAGGAAGGUACAACUUAAACACUAUUGGAACUGUUCACAGUGUACACACCUCAACAACAAAAACAUGGAAUCUAUCUCAGCAUGGAGUUAGCGGGAAAACCAGUACAAAUGCAGCUGGACACCGGAGCGUCUGUAUCUCUGGUUCCAGAGAGACUCUACAAAGAAAAACUGAAAGAGUGCCCUCUUCAGCCAGCGUCCAUCCCCUUUUCUUCAUACACUGGUGACACUAUUCCUGUGUUAGGGCAGAUCCAGGUACCAGUCCAGUAUGAGGGGAAGGAGUGGACGCUACCGCUUGUCAUUGUUAAAGGAGAAAAAUCAGCCUUGCUAGGCAGAAACUGGCUACAAAAGAUCAAGUUAAACUGGGGAGAAAUCUUCAGUCUGAGAAAUGACAAACCAGUGAGUCAGGCUACACUCACUAACAUGCUGGAGAAGCACAAAGAACUUUUCAAAGAUGGCUAAGGCGAAAUACAAGACUUCACAGCAAAAGUCAGAGUGCAAGAAGGAACCAAGCCUAUCUUUCACAAACCACUUCCAGUUCCCUAUGCUCUUAAGGAAGCAGUAGAGAAGGAACUGAACCGCCUACAAAAGAAUAACAUAAUCACGAAAGUAGCGAGGAGCGACUGGGCCGCUCCGAUCGUUGUAGUCCCGAAGAAAGACAAGACCGUCAGAAUGUGCGGAGACUACAAGGUCACAGUAAAUCGCUGCAUACUACCAGAGGAAUAUCCACUACCAAAAGCUGAAGAUCUGUUUGCCACUCUAGCUGGUGGGAAGGUUUGCAGAAAGCUGGACCAGGCAUUCGCUUAUCAGCAACUGAAGCUGGAUCCGGAGUAAGAACAGUAUCUGACCAUCAAUACACACAAGGGGGCUAUUCAGAUUCAAUCGCUUGGCCUAUGGAAUCUCGACAGCUCCAGUGAUAUUCCAACACACAUUGGAUCAGAUCUUUGAUGGUAUAGACAAUGUUGUGUGCUUCAUGGACGACAUUCUUGUGUCAGCACCAACCAUUGGAGAGCACCUUCAGCUGAGAAGACCAUCAAUCUUCUCAGACACCUGUUAGCAUCCUUUGGACGAGCCAAGGAGCUCGUAUCGGACAAUGGCCCCCCAUUCACGUCAAACGAUUUUGAAAUGUUUCUCAAGAACAUCCUGUCACCACCUUACCAUCCGGCAUCAAACGGAGCAGCGGAGAGAGCCGUGCAAACCUUUAAGAAGGCCUGGACUAGACUCGAGGUUCAGUCUGUGCCCACCCACCAAAGGCUUCCCCGGUUCCUGUUUACUUACCGUAACACACCACACACGGUAACGGAAUGUUCACCAGCUGAACUGUUUCUGAAACGCCAACCACGUACCCGCCUGACAUUGUUGAAACCAGACAUGUCAAGCACUGUGGCAAAGCACCAGCUACAGCAGAAGAAAGCUCAUGACAGACACUCAAAGAAUUCAAAGAGGGAGAGAGGGUGAGGGUACGUGAUUUUAGACACCCCAAGCGCCUGUGAAACUCAGGUGUGAUCUUGCAACGCAGAGGACCUUUGACUUACCAAGUCCAAAUUGGUCAUCGCCAAGUCAACGUUCAUGUGGCUCAUCUGCUACGGUCCAACGCCCCAGCAGAGACAUGCCGAGAGAACAAGAACAAUAACGACCCCCAGGACUAUUCUCCUGACUGUGGACGUACGGGAGAGACAGAGCCUGACCUUCACCCGAACCUGGCCCACCACCGGAAGCCCAGGAGGAGUGGAGAUAUCCUAUUUAUUCGACAGCGAAGGGCACCUCAAAAGCUUGACCUGUGAGUUGAGCUGUUUCAGGAGACAAGAGGACAAGGGUUCAUGUCGAGCCCUGAGGAAGGUGCAGUACUGCUUUUCUAGCAGCUUCCCAGUCCCAGCAGCAAAACCAGAGAGGGAGGCAACGGUGUCCCCAGCGACGGUGAGCUCCCUAGCAAAAGUGCACCCCGGCAACGGUGAGCCCUCCUGCAACGGUGACCAGCCCAACGGCGAUGACCCCAGUGAUGGUGACCCCAGUGGCAGUGACCCUAGCGGCAGUGAGCCCAGCAGCGUGGGUCUCGACACAGGGCAAGGCCACCACCCUGCUGCCUGCGCCAAGGUCCUCACCCUCAACACAGGGCAAGGCCACCACCCUGCUGCCUGCGCCAUGGGCCUCACCCUCAACACCGGUCAGAGCCGCCACUCCUCUUCUGGUACCAAGGGCCUCGACACAGGCACCACCAGACCUGUGCUUCAGCCAGCCAAAGGUGAAGAGAAGUAGUGUGCCCUCACUGAACCGUGUGUGUUCCUGAACAUUCUUCCUGACAUCUCAGGCACUACAGUGGAGAACCCCCAGUCCAUAGUGUCAGGAAAGCGCCAACCAGAUACCGGCUGCAUCCUGACAAAGACUUCCAUGACACACCCCACCCACCAAACUUAAAAUGGCUUUGUCAUGCUCUUUUCAGCUCAGCCUUGCUGAGAGGCUAUUUUAAAUAAAUGACUGGACAUGAAAGAAGACAGUUUAGGGUCCUGAGUUCACUUAUCUAAGUACUGUUGUAUUGUUGCCUUGCAUAUGUUGAAUAUUUGAACAGGACAUUCAGGAUUCACUGGUAAUGUUUACUUACCUAUUGUUCUUAUAGCUUUAACUGUUUACUCUACAAAGUGUUUUUAGAAAAUGUUUUAUUGUUCCUGCCUUUUUCGGCACUGAUGGAGCAGGGCUACAGUGCGACCGAUUUACUUGCAUAUGCGCCUAAAAAUAGAUGUUUGCGAACUGAAAAAAAUCAAGUAUGAGCACUUGCGAGUUGUGAUUUUGCCAUUUUGUUUCAUAGCUGGUAGCUAAUCACACAAAAAACAACAGAGUCCUAUACAUCUCACAGUCUCAUGAAGCAAUAGUGCUUUGGGCGCUGUGCCCACCGGGAGACCAUUACGAAUAAAAAGUAUGAAAAUUUAUGCACUCACUACUGUAAGUUACUCUGGAUAAGAGCGUUUGCUAAAUGACUAAAAUGUAAAAAUGUGCUGAAAGAUUAAUUUUUAGAAGUGCACAGGCAUAGAAGUUGGUCAAAUUUACCCGAAAGGGUACUAAAGUGUGACUUAGUCCUCGUGUUUUUGGGCUAUUUACAGUUUUGUUCACACACUAGGUUGUUUUUCAAUGUUAGCUAAGCUUUGCUCAACUGCUAGUGAAGAAGGAACUGUAUGUCGGAGAAAAGAGAGCAAUAGUAAUGCCGUCUUUUCGUAGGCACCAACUACGCCAUGGUUCAUUGGACAAAGCCUAUGGGUUUUUUGUAGUGUUUUAAGAUAAAUGCUGAAAAUAAGUUCUCUGGUAAACAUAAGCAUAGGAGAUCUUAUACUUUUUGUUCUAUGAGAUAUUCUUCAUCGGCUUUAAUUUUUUGUGAAUUUUGAAGCAUUUAUGUAAAAACAAAAAGCACAAGGCUUCAUAAUUGAUAAAGGUCAUGUCAACUGACUGAUAUUAUGUCAUAGAACAAAACGUAUAAGAUCUCCUAAGCCUGUGUUAACCUUGGACCUUAUUUUCGGCAUUUAUCCCAAAACCCUGUUCUUUCCCCAUUAAUUUCCCUCAUAGGAAUGGCUGAACGAACCAGCGGUAACUCAUUUCCGGGUUUUAGGACUACAAGCUGGUUAGCUCUACAUCAUCUCUCAAAGACAGACAUCUGAGGCCCACCAUUACCAUGGUAACAGCCAGCCCCUUAAAGGGGCAGCUGAACAUUGUUGUGUCACCUAAGUUCACUUUAUUGAGCAUGGAGCACUCCAAAAACCUUUUCAUUAACUUUUAGUCAUUUAUCAUAAAAACACUCUUCCUGAAAUACUUUCAUUCUGCUCUUAAAUGUCUUUGUGUACUACUCAUUUAUUUUACUUAGGAGCGCAUAUGAAAGUCAGUGUAGAGCCCUCUGGAGGGGAUAGUGUUGGUAAUGCAGUUAUGCUCUUUUAUGCCCCGCCUACUGGGUGGAUUGAUUGGAAGUAGUGUUGGCCAAUCAUCUGUCAGCCCCACAUUGCCAUACUAUGUAACUGACAGUUUGCCUUCAGUUUUGUUGUAUGGCCCCAGUAUGGACACUGUGCUGUGUGAUCUGUGCUGAAGCUCAACAGUAACUAAAUGUGAUUUUUGACCGCAAUAAACAUCCUAAAACAAGA